AUGCUUUGUAUGAUUUCUGACCUUGCGACUCCUUUGUAUAUCUCAGCCCAAAUGGGACAUACAAGGGCUGUUAAGCUACUGGUGCGAUCAGGUGCUUGUGUAGACACUCCAAGAGAAGACGGAGCAACUCCGCUCUUCACAGCUGCACAAAAGGGGCAUAUCGGUGUCGUUCAGGCCUUGUUGGCUGCCGGGGCAACAGUUGGGCUUUUGGGAAACGGCGAGACAGCUUUGCAUGCUGCUGUGCUCUUUGGUCGGACGCGUAUCAGCCACCUAUUGUUGUUACGUGGAGCUGAUCCGAUGGCACCAAACAAGCUUAGCCUAGAUCCCUCCUCCAGAAUCUACUGGGUUUGGGUGAUCUCAAAGAUAAAAGGCUUGAAGGAUGGUCUAACUAGUCUGAGGCUCGCUAAUGACGCGCACUACUCGGAUUUGACUGUUGUUCUUGCCCAUUUCGCUGGACCUGUUGCCUCCAGUCAGGCUGGCAUUGAUAUCGACGAUGCUUCAGGUAUCGGUGCGCGACGCCGGAGACCUUUAACUGCAGCAGCAGCUGCUGCGCGUACUCUACAACGAUACGGUUGCGUACCCGUCACUGGACAGGUGAGGUGUCGACCUGCACAGCGUAACACUGGCCGAUCCCGCUUGCCGGCAGGAACUUCCACAACCUUGUCAGGUUUAUGGCGAAAAGGGGGAAUUGCGGCACCAUAUAGCGGUUAG